AACCUGAACAUGAAAGGAAUAUUCUAAAAGCGACUCGUGUAAACACCUUAAUCACAAUAUUGUCUUAUUCAGAAUAAGGUCAGUAAUUAGAUUACUGCUGUCCAUGUAAAUGUAGUCACUGAUUAUUAGGUGAAAGGUGUGUACGCUACAGAUUCACAGCUCAGUGCGUCUCGGCACACAAAUAGUUAACAGGUGACCGCGCCUUCCACAUCCUGUACCGUUACCGAGCACGCUGCACUAAUACCGACCUUUGUAUUGGAGGUAAACAUGUAAUUGAUGUUUUAGCGACCGAAGGUCGACUGUUUACUGCUUGUUUACCUACAAAAGCGAAUGAACGCGGCGGUGGACUCAUGGCCUGAGACCUCGCUCUUUUUCCGCCAUGAACUUCUUCUUAGAGACUCUGAAGGUUGUCGGGUUGUCGGUGGUCUACUACCUGGAGGCGUUUUUCCGGCUGUUUGUGCCGGCGCGGAGGAAGAGUGUUGAGGGAGAGGUGGUGUUGAUGACCGGAGCUGGAUCUGGACUCGGCCGGAUCAUGGCGCUGGAGUUCGCGCGACUCGGCGCGCGCCUUGUGCUCUGGGACAUCGACGAGGCGGGGAACCUGGAGACCGCGCGCCUUGUCAAGGAAACACACGGCGCGCGAGCGCACACCUACACCUGCGACUGCAGCAGCCGAGAGGAGGUGUACAAAGUGGCGGACCGGGUCAAACGUGAGGUGGGUGACAUCACUAUUCUGGUGAACAAUGCCGGCAUUGUCACAGGGAAAAAGUUCCUGCAAUCUCCAGACUCGCAUAUAGAGAAGACUAUGGAGGUCAACAGCAUGGCCCAUUUCUGGACGUGCAAGGCUUUUCUCCCAGCGAUGAUUGCUGCAAACCAUGGCCAUGUGGUCAGCAUAGCUAGCUCAGCUGGCCUUAUCGGUGUCAGCGGACUGGCAGAUUACUGUGCUAGCAAGUUUGCGGCAGUAGGCUUUGCAGAGUCCAUGGCUCUUGAGAUGUUGGCUAUUGGCUGUGAUGGAGUGAAGACCACGAUAGUGUGUCCCUUCUUCAUCAACACUGGAAUGUUUGAUGGAGCUAACACAAAGUGGCCGAGACUCAUGCCCAUUUUAGAGCCGGAUUACGUGUGUCGAAAAAUUGUUGAUGCUGUUCGGAGAGACCAAGUCUAUCUAUAUCUGCCUCGUAGCAUCUAUCUAUCCAUCGCUCUAAAGAAUAUCUUGCCUGUUAAAUUAGGAGUACUGCUUGGUGAAUAUUUAGGAGCAUUUGACUUUAUGGCUAAGUUCAAAGGGCAUGGCAAGAAGAGCAACUGAAGUCUGAGGAAACAUGAACCCCCUCCGUAGAGCUUCAGGAACAUCAGCUGUGUUUUCAGUGACAUUAGUUAUUAAUAGGAUGGACCAAAGCUGCACGGAGAUGAAUAAAGCAAUGAAGAAUUAUUAUUUAACUAUAUACAAGCAUGUCAAUGCAAACUACUAUUGGCUCUAAGCUAUAACCACUCAAUGCACUUAAUCUGGAGAAUAAAUCAAAUGUUCCAGUAUAAUAACAAUGUAAUAAUUGUAUUGUCUGUCUAGAUGUGUAGAACAAUACUGUUUGUAUUUUAUGAAGAUACUAAUUUGUAAUCUGAAGCAGCUACAACAUGUUGGUUGUAAAUGUAUCAUGAAAUAAAUCUAAUGAAGUUCACAGUGUGCACAUAUUGAAUGAAUAGUUUCUGUGGCUCUUUUAAAAAUCAUUUGAAUAUUGAAUUUUUAUUUCUUAACUAACACUAAACAGGUUUAGCAACUAAACACCAUUCAGUGUGAACCCCAGUAAAGCUUAUAAACCACUGA